AAUCACCGAUAGUUGCCAUAGAACAUUAUGGCACAAAUGACACACUAGAUAUAUGGACUUCGAAUAUCCUGGUGGGAGUCUAUGAAACGCGACUCAGGGACAGUACGAUCGCGGUGAUCUCCUUUUUAAUCAGACAGUGGCAGUGGGAUGAGUAUGUUCAACAAUGUGCUUGUGUAUCUUUGCGUAAAACCAAUCUGAAUUUGAGAAUUCGCGGAAUAAACAUUACACCUUCAUACGACAUUUUCUUUGGGCAAAUGAUUAACUGUUCCUACUUUUUACAGCCAAGAUCCGAAAAAGACAAAAAGGUGAACGCGUGGGAAUUGAGCAUCAGGG